UGCAAUGGACACCUACUACAUUUUCAGCUAUUACUUGAUCCAGUUCUGUGGACAUUCCUGGAUGUUUACCAAUAUGAUCAUCAGGUUCUUGUCUUUUGGGGAAGAUUCUGUGGCCGAUACUUUCUAUUCUAUUGGACUUGUGAUGCGUAUUUGCCAGUCGUUGUCUAUACUGGAGCUCUUGCAUAUUUUUCUUGGCAUUGAAAAAGAUCGGUUUUCUCCAAGGCUUUUACAGAUUACAGAAAGAAUCAUGAUCUUAUUUGUUGUGAUUGCCAGUCAAGAAGAAGUUCAAGGGAAAUCUGUGGUGUGCCUUUUAUUUUUCCUCUGGAGCUUUCUUGAUGUGGUCAGAUAUACUUACUGCAUGUUAGCAGUGUUAGGAAUACACUUCCAAGGACUAACACGGCUCAGUUACGUGAUAUGGAUUCUUUUAUAUCCACUAUCGGUGUUGGCUGAAGCAUUUGCUAUAUAUGAAUCACUGCCUCACUUUGAAACCUCUGGCACUUACUCCAUCAAACUGCCCUUGCCAUUUGCUGUGCCCAUCUACUUUCCUUAUGUACUAAAAAUGUACAUGGUAACAUUGUUUGGAGGUAUGUGCUUCAUUGUCCGACACCUUGAUACGGAAUGGAACGCUCAUCUAAGAUGCUACAACGACAAAGUGAAAAGCAGCUAGUUCAGUUUUUUA